AAGCAUCCAAAUUGGAACAGGUGGCUCGGAGUAUGAGAUUCCCCAACGUUCUUCGCCUUCUGCUCAUCGUCUCCUCCGUCUUCUCUUCGGUCGUAGUUCACAGUGAUGAAGACCCAACAACGAAAAUUAUGGAAGGAUUCUCAGGAUAUGGGAGCCAUGAAUCCCAGUCAUGCACUUCGAACUCUUUAUCUUCAAUGUCAGUUGACAAGGAAAGCUUACAGCGACAGAUUGACGAACUGUCAACUUUCUCUGAUACGCCUGCUCCGUCAGUAACCAGGAUCCUAUACAGUGAGAAGGAUGUUCAUGCUCGUAGGUAUAUUAAGAAUCUAAUGGGAUUCUCUGGUCUUUCUGUUAGAGAGGAUGCAGUUGGUAACAUAUUUGGUAGAUGGGAAGGCUAUGAACCAGAGCUUCCAGCAGUAGCAACAGGUUCUCACAUCGAUGCUAUUCCAUACUCUGGAAAGUAUGAUGGAGUUGUUGGUGUUUUGGGUGCAAUUGAGGCAAUUAAUGUGCUAAGAAGGUCUGGAUUCAAGCCUAAAAAAUCAUUGGAGGUGAUUUUGUUCACAUCAGAGGAGCCUACGCGUUUUGGGAUCAGCUGUUUGGGAAGCCGCUUAUUGGCCGGAAGUGAGGAACUUGCAAAGGCUCUUAAGGAGACAUUUGAUGGUCAAAAUAUAUCUUUUUAUGAUGCGGCAAGAUAUGCUGGGUAUGCAAAUGAUCAAGAGGACUUAUCCAGUGUUUUUUUGAAGAAAGGAAGUUAUUCUGCUUUUGUGGAGUUGCACAUAGAGCAGGGUCCCAUUCUGGAAGAAGAAGGUAUUUCUGUUGGUAUCGUAACAGCCAUUGCUGCCCCUGCAAGUAUCAAGGUGGAUUUUGAAGGCAAUGGAGGCCAUGCAGGAGCAGUCCUAAUGCCAAAUAGAAAUGAUGCGGGAUUAGCAGCAGCGGAGUUAGCACUAUCCGUUGAGAAACAUGUUUUAGAAUCAAGAUCAAUUGACACUGUUGGUACUGUUGGUAUAUUGGAGCUGCAUCCAGGUGCAAUCAAUAGCAUCCCAAGCAAGUCACACCUAGAAAUUGAUACUCGAGAUAUUGAUGAGAAGCGGAGGAACAUUGUAAUUGAGAAAAUUCAUCAAUCUGCUAUUGCAAUAGCUAAGAACCGUAAGGUCAAAUUGUCAGAAUUUAAAAUUGUCAAUCAGGAUCCUCCAGCCCUGUCAGCAGAGUCAGUAAUUAAGGCAAUGGAAGAUUCAUCUCGAGAACUGAACCUCACUCAUAAGUUGAUGAUUAGCAGGGCCUACCAUGAUUCAUUGUUCAUGGCCAGAAUAUCUCCAAUGGGCAUGAUCUUUAUUCCUUGUUACAAAGGUUAUAGCCAUAAACCUGAAGAAUAUGCCUCCAUCAAAGAUAUUGAAAAUGGGGUAAAAGUGUUAGCGCUGACUCUGGCCAAGUUAUCCCUGGAUUGAUACCCUGUAUGAAAUUCCUCCCCGUUUGAACCACCCAAAUAAAAGGCUGAGAGGCCCUCUGUGCUAAUUAUGUAGUUGGGUAUUUACGAGAUAUUCAGGCAAUUGUAUGAACAUGUGGUCUUCCGUGUCAAAUAUUCAAAAUUCUGAAAAAGAGGAACUGAUUUCAGUGUUUGGGUCCUUAUAGGAAAUUCUAUUUCCACA